AUGCCCGUUUUGGGCAAAUGCUUGCAAAAGCGUGUUCCAGGUGACAAGAUCUCUCUGGCUGGACGAAUCGAAGAGCUGCUUCACUGCCUCGAGCUCACCCACGCUGGCGUACGCAUUGAUCAUCAUGGUUGUAGAGGCCAUGUCCCGGAUCGAGCCGGGCAUUCGAUCAAACAGCUCUUUGGCAUCGCGGAGAUUGCCGUGCUCCACAUACGCCUGGAUCAUCCCGUUCCAGGAGAAGAGAUUGGGCUGCUUGAUCGUGUCGAAGACGAGGCGGGCGUCGCGGAUGGCGCCACAUUUGCCGUGCGUCUCGAUGAGGAGAUUGGCAAGGAAUCGAUUGCUUGCGUGUGGGCUGUGGAGGACUUGCGUGUGGAGGCGAUUGGCUUGGGCGGCAUCCCUGGCAUCUCGGCAAGCUCGCAGGCGCUGGGCGAGCGUUGGAACGUCCGGGACGUUGUCAUCAGCAAUGGGUUUCUAGAGCUCACACUCACAAACCCAGGAGGGGACGUGACUAGGAUCAGCUAUGGAGGCAUCACAGAUUUGCUCGAGUGGAGAAACAAGGAAACAAAUCGAGGGUACUGGAACUUGGUUUGGAGCUUACCAGAUGGUGGUGACAAAUUUGAUGUAAUCAGUGGAACAAAAUUUACUGUUGUGUCCAACACUGAGGACAUGGUUGAAUUGUCCUUCUAUCGACCUUAUGAUUCCACCGAGACAAUGGUUCCACUCAACAUUGACAAGCGAUUCGUGGUCCUGAGAGGAAGAUCUGGAUUCUACACUUAUGCUAUCUUCGAUCGACCUUAUGGAUGGAGUGAUUUUAAUCUCAACGUAGUUCGUGUGGCAUGGAAACUUGGACAGGACAACUUCGAUUUCAUGGCAAUCAGCGACACCAAGCAGCGAGUUAUGCCAUAUCCACAAGACAGAUAUCCACAAAACUCGGAGACACUCGCGUAUAAAGAGGCUGUCAUUCUCGUCAAUCCGAAAAAUCCCAACCUCAAAGGCGAGGUGGAUGACAAGUACCAAUACUCUGGAGAGAAUCGAUCGACCAAGGUCCACGGAUGGAUCUCAUUCGAUCCGCUAGUGGGCUUUUGGAUGAUCACGCCCAGCUACGAAUUUAAGACUGGAGGACCUCUCAAGCAAAAUUUGCUCUCUCAUACUGGCCCAACGUGUCUCUCGGUUUUCCUUGGCAGCCACUAUGGCGGCAUCACGCUUUGCCCCAAGUUUCGCGACGGUGAGGCGUGGAAGAAGGUCUUCGGCCCCGUCUUCGUCUACCUCAACUCCUCCAGCACCGAUCAUCGAUCUCUUUGGGAGGAUGCGAAGCUCCAGGCCGAGGCGGAGAUCGAUGCCUGGCCGUAUAGCUGGCCUGGCUCAUCAGAUUUCACUCUAGCAGCGGAGCGUGGCCAUGUCUCUGGGGAAUUUUACGUUUUCGACAGCUUCCUCUCUUCCAAAUUGCUUCCAGCUGCGUUUGCAUGGAUUGGCCUAGCUCCCCCGGGAGACGCUGGAUCGUGGCAAGAAGAUAGCAAGGGAUAUCAGUUCUGGACACAAGCUGAUAAAUUCGGGAACUUUGAGAUAUCGAAUGUACUGCCUGGAACUUACGAUCUGUAUGGCUGGGUGCCUGGCGUGAUUGGAGACUACAAGAAACAAGGAGAUAGCAUUACGAUCUCUCAAGGCGGUUCGUAUGACCUUGGUUCUCUUGUUUAUAAACCACCCAGGAAUGGUCCAACACUCUGGGAAAUUGGUUUUCCCGACAGAUCGGCUGCAGGAUUUUUUGUUCCAUCUCCAGACUCGAAAUACGUGAGCAAACUUUUCGUGUACCAAGAAAGGUUUCGACAGUAUGGAUUAUGGACUCGAUACUCCGAAAUCUACAGCAGCCAGGAUUUGGUUUACACUGUUGGCUCUAGUCAGUGGCCAAAGGACUGGUUCUUCAUACAUGGCGUAAGAGUAAAGAGCGAUGGAAGUUUUGAACCAACGACGUGGGAGAUCAAAUUCUGGCUAGACCUUGCGAUCAAGGAUGAAAGCUACACGCUGAGGAUCGCCAUUGCUGGCUCUCAUUAUGGAAAUAUCAAGGUGUACGUGAAUUCAUUAUCAUCGUCGCCUUGCUUUGUGACGGGGAUGUUUGGGCGAGACAAUGCGAUCGCCAGGCACGGGAUCCAUGGGCUGUAUAGGCUCUACAGCGUAGACAUCAAUGGGGGGCUCUUGAAAAGAGGCGACAACAGCAUCUAUCUCACGCAGGCCAACAGCCGAAGUCCAUUUGUUGGUGUCCUUUACGAUCACAUCCGGUUUGAAGCUCCCUGCUGUGAAAUCAUAGAAGAAGCAUCGUCAAGCCUCUAGUUUACAGGCAUUCCUUUUUCUGUUUAGAGGAAGUCCGGUCAAAUGAAAAUCGGAAACGCUACCUUUGUCUACUUGGAUCAUUAACCUCCGCAGCAGACCUUUCUUGUUUCCCACUUAAGCUGAGCAGGAAGAGUUCAAAGCCAAUCUCAGGGAACAGUAAAGCUUCAUGGCAUAACUUCGU